CUGGUAUGUAUAAAUAAAUACAAACAGACUUCGCAGUAGACAACUCAUCUUUUCACACCACUGAAAUAACAUGUCUUCAGAUUACACCAAAUAUUUCUCAGCCUUCAACUGGUUGGCUUUCUUCUUUGUUUUUAUUUUCCUGAAGAAUGCCGACUGUGGCCAGAUUGUGAGGAAUUUGCCUGGAUUCUCCGGUACUCUUCCCUUCAAGCUUGAAACUGGAUAUGUGAGCGUGGAAGAUUCAGAGCUGUUCUACUUGUUCGUGGAGUCGCAGGGAAAUCCUGAAGUGGAUCCUGUUCUUUUUUAUGUCGUUGGAGGCCCUGGUUGUUCAGCUUUGAAUGGCUUCUUCUUCCAAACUGGUCCACUACAGUUCAAUCAAAGUGACUACACUGGUGGCUUGCCGUCGUUGCAUUUGUACGAUUACACAUGGACCAAGACUGCCAGUAUAGUUUUUGUGGAUACCCCUGUUGGCUCUGGUUAUUCCUAUGCUUCAACAGCUGCAGGCUUCGUUCUUUCGGACUCCAAGUUUGCAAAUCAGACUUAUAACUUCAUCAGAACUUGGUUGAAUGAACAUCCUCAAUACAUUCCGAACCGAGUCAUUCUUGCUACUGAUUCUUAUUCUGGUAUCAUUGCUCCAGUCGUUGUUGAAAAAAUAUUGGAAGAUAAUAAAGCUGGAGUUGAGCCAUCAAUAAGUCUACUGGGAUACAUCAGUGGAUCACCGCAUUCAGAUCUGGAGCUUGAAACCAAUGAUGAGAUACCACAGGCCUAUAAGCUGGGACUUAUAUCCAAAGGCAUAUACGAAUCAGCCAAAGACUACUGCAAUGGCUCUUACGUUGAUUGGGGAACCACUACCGUCUCUGCAGAUUGCGAGGAGUAUUUGGAAAUAAUGAGUAACUUACUGGAACAAAUAAAUUCAGAAAUGGUGCUGGCUCCAAAGUGUGCUACAAUAAAACCAGAAUCGGAUAACGAUAGAAAGAAGAGAAGAUUUCUGCAGGAAAAUUCCGGACAUUAUCGUCUUACUCCUGGAGCAAACGACUACUGGUGCAAGAAUUUUGCUUAUCUGCUCGUUACCAUAUGGGCAAAUAAUGAAGGAGUUCAAAGGGCUUUGCAUGUUCGAGAGGGAACAAGUCAAGAAUGGCGUAGGUGCAACCUUACCUUGAAGACGAACUAUGACGUUGAUAUUGGGAGUAAUUUUGACUAUCACAAAGAUCUUACAAAAACAGGCAUCCAAGUUUUGCUUUACGGUGCCGACCAUGAUCUUGUUGUUCCGCAUAUAUCAACAGAAUAUUGGCUAACUGAACUUGAUUUAACUUUGGACGAAGAUUGGCGACCCUGGUAUGUUGGUGGUCAAGUUGCAGGAUACACGAUGAAGUAUUCAAAUUAUGGAUAUCGACUGACUUAUGCCACAGUCAAGGGAUCAGGUCACUCUCCCACUGAGUGGAAAGGAAGAGAAAGUUAUGAAAUGUUCGAAAGGUGGAUCCAUUUUUACCCUCUAUAGUUAGCCUGCUACAACUGAAGCCACUCCCUUCUCUAUGAAUGAUUGAUUAACAGAACUUUAUGUUUCUGUGAUUGUAAUUCAACUAUUUGAAACUCCAGUAAACUAAUUUCUUUGUAUUGGAGGAUUUGAUUUUAAUAAUAAUAAAAAUAAUAAAUUUUGAUUAUUA